CCGCAGUCCGCGGUCCCCGUCCACAUUUUAUCCUGACUGUCCAAUGAGGGAAAGGACGCAAUUGUGAAAACAAUUGGAAAUUCUCUUGUUUGGGGGAGAUUAAUAAUAUUUUGAUGGUUAAACACGUAAAGUUGCGGUAUUGAUAUAAUGGCUGAGUCUGUGGCACCAGCAAAAACUCCUUCUACCAUAAAGGAAGGCUGGCUGCUUAAAAGAGGAGAACACAUAAAAAACUGGCGUCAAAGAUAUUUUGUCCUACUGGAUGAUGGAUCAUUACUAGGAUUCAAGCAUAAACCAGAGCCAAACAUAGGACUUGCUGAACCACUCAACAAUUUUACUGUGAAAGGAUGCCAAAUUAUGAAAGCGGACCGUCCAAAACCAUUCACUUUUCUGAUUCGAGGUCUUCAAUGGACAACUGUCAUUGAAAGGACUUUUCAUGUUGAGUCUGAAAAAGAAAGGGAAGAAUGGAUGGCCGCUAUUGAGCAUGUUGCUGAACGGCUUCACACAGACCCUGAUAGCAAUGAUGUAGAUAUGUCCGCCGUUUCUGAAGAAAACGAUCUAAAGGGCUCCUCAUCACCGUUAUCGCUAUCCAACAAAAUGGUUUCUUCGCCGAUGGAUGCAGGGAAUGAUGAAUUCCAAAUGAAAUUUCUCGUAACCGGAACGUCGAAUAGACCCCAUCAUUCGGGGAAAAAGAAAGUGACUUUAGAAAAUUUUGAGUUCAUCAAAAUGUUGGGCAAAGGCACUUUUGGAAAGGUGAUUCUUUGCCGAGAAAAAGGCACUGGACACUUGUUCGCCAUCAAAAUCUUAAAAAAGGAAGUCAUUAUUGCGAAAGACGAAGUUGCCCACACGCUUACGGAAAACCGCGUAUUGCAAACCACCAACCAUCCUUUUUUGAUUGCAUUAAAAUAUUCCUUCCAAACAGCUGAACGAUUGUGUUUCGUAAUGGAAUAUGUUAACGGAGGUGAACUGUUUUUUCAUCUUUCGCGUGAGCGAAUUUUUUCUGAAGACAGAACGCGGUUUUAUGGAGCGGAAAUUCUUUCGGCGCUAGGUUAUUUACACGAGCAAGGCAUUAUCUAUAGGGACCUUAAGCUGGAAAACUUGUUACUCGACAAAGAUGGACACAUCAAAAUUGCUGACUUUGGACUCUGUAAAGAGGAUAUCACUUAUGGACGGACUACCAAAACCUUUUGUGGAACACCCGAGUACCUUGCCCCCGAAGUCCUUGAAGACAACGACUACGGGAGGGCAGUAGACUGGUGGGGCUUGGGUGUCGUCAUGUACGAGCUCAUGUGUGGUCGUCUUCCGUUUUACGACCGAGAUCACGACGUUCUUUUUGAACGUAUUCUUUUGGAAGAAGUUAGAUACCCUCGAACGAUAUCCCAGGAAGCGAAAGAUCUUCUUGGCGGCCUUUUAGCUAAGGACCCACAUAAGAGAUUAGGAGGCGGCCCGGAAGACUAUAAAGAAAUUACUCAACAUCCAUUUUUCCUACCGAUUUCUUGGACAGAUCUAGUUCAACGAAAGAUUCCGCCACCGUUCAAGCCGCAGGUGGUGAGUGAAACAGACACCCGAUACUUCGAAUCAGAAUUCACAGGUGAAUCUGUGGAAUUGACCCCACCAGAUCCUGGGCCUCUACACAGCAUCAGCGAAGAAGUAGAGCCACCUUGCUAUUUCGAAAAAUUUUCUUACUGCCCGGAAGUUAGCUCCACGUUGGGUUCUAACACCUCGCUGACGCAUACAGCGCUCGGCUAAUUUCCGUUUCGCAUCUUCUCGAAUUCUUCGAUAACAAACUACAGAGCCCAGUUAGGUGUGCAUCACAAAAAGAGCACACUCGCCCUGCCAGUGCCGAGUAUUGAAGCCGGUGUAAAGAGAGCCACAUACAUUGUCUCUUCUCUAGAGUAGACACCGGUCGUUUGCCAGACAAAUAAAAGCAUUUAGUUGAAACAAGAUUUCAUGGGCUAGCUCAGAGACAGUCGCCACACGGUUUUCUUUAUUUUAUGUAAAUCCCUUCCGAUAAACUCCGGUGCAGCUGGCCUUCGAUAGCAUGAAGUCAAUCGACCUUCGGACCUACUAAGUAGUUAUACCAGUAAGAGUGAAGACAUUUCCGUUGAAAAAGAGGGGGAGGGAACAUCUCUAACUACGUCAAGUAAAUCGGUCGUGUUUUAAUAGAAAUCACCCAGUAGUAGUAGAUAGCUCCGUCUUUCCCUCUCUCGGUCCCCAAUCCCUUGUUGACCUUAUUAAUUAUUGCAGAUUAUGUUGGUAUUUUUGUCCUUUUUUUAUUGCUAUUUUGCGAUCUUCGGAACCCACCCAGUGAUCACUUUAUAAAAUGGGAGACUGUUUGCUUUGUUCUUUGUCAUUUUUUUUCCUCGGUUAGUAGGGCCUCCUUCUCCCCUUAAUUUUCUUCCUGCGUAACCCUAUGAAAAGAUCAAAUUGUUCGUUACUUCUUACUCUACGAAUUACAGCUCGUAUGUGGGCUGAUGCCUACUUCAUUCGUUAUCCUACCGCCUAAAAAAAUUGUUUCUCGAAUCCCUUUCUUUUACCGUUGCUUAUCACUGUGAAAUUGCAUAUGUCGUGACUUCUCCUCCUUGUUCGAGUCUCCCAAACUAUGCACCCCAGGUAACGCGUGGGACUUUUGCUGUUGCAAUUUUUGUGUGUAUGCGCCCCCUCCUCCUCUUUUUGCUACUGUAUGAUACACAUUUUCUGGGAA